CUUGAAUUUGAAGAAUCGGGCAAACUCUUUUGAUCUCCUUCACCUCCCCCCCUUCAAUAACCAUUACAAUGGCACCCAAGAAAGUUCUUCUGCUUGGAGCAGGUUUCGUGACCCGGCCAACCGCUGUCGAGCUCGACAAGGCUGGUGUUGCGGUGACAGUCGCCUGCCGUACCCUUGAGAGCGCAACGAAGCUUGCACAAGGCCUCAAGCACGCCAAUGCCAUCUCUCUCAAUGCCUCCGACGCCGAUGCGCUCGAGAAAGAGAUUGCCAAGGUGGAUCUCGUCAUCUCUCUGAUCCCCUACACCUUCCACGCCAAAGUCAUCCGGGCGGCCAUCAAUCAAAAGGUCAACGUCGUCACCACCUCCUACGUCUCGGACGCCAUGAUGGAAAUGGACAAGGAGGCCAAGGCGGCCGGGGUGACGGUGAUGAACGAAAUUGGCCUGGACCCUGGUAUUGACCAUCUCUACGCGGUCAAGACCAUCUCGGAAGUGCACAAAGAAGGCGGCAAGAUUACCGGCUUCUGGUCCUACGUCGGAGGCUUGCCCGCUCCGGAAGAUUCGGACAACCCCUUGGGCUACAAGUUCUCGUGGUCUCCUCGCGGCGUGCUUUUGGCGGCGAGAAACACUGCGCACUUCUACGAAGAUGGACAGAAGAAGACGAUUGAAGGCGAGAAACUCAUGAGCAGCGCCAAGCCUUACCUGGUCUACCCUGGCUACGCCUUCGAGGCUUACCCCAACCGCGACAGCACACCUUACCGAGAAAGGUACAACAUCCCGGAAGCGCAAACUGUCAUUCGAGGCACGCUUCGGUACCAAGGCAACCCGGCCCUGGUCCAGACGUUCCGAGAUCUUGGCCUGCUGGAUGAGACCGAGAUGGACAUCCUCAAGACCAAGACCACCUGGAAGGAGGCGUUUGCGAAGAUUCUGGGGUCCAGCAGCAGCUCCGAGAAAGAUUUGGUUUGGGCCGUGGACUCGAAGAAGAAGUUUGCCAGCACACAAGACAAGGAGCGGAUACUAGCAGGGCUUCGUUGGGUCGGGCUGUUCAGCGAUGAGCAGAUCGAUCCCCAAGGCACGCCGCUGGACUGCCUCUGCGCGACGUUGCAGAAGAAGAUGGGCUACGAAGACGGCGAGCGCGACUUCAUCAUGCUACAGCACAAGUUCGCCAUCGAGCAUGCGGAUGGCAAGAAGGAGAUGCGGACAUCGACUCUGUGCGAGUACGGAGAGCCCAUCGGAAGUGGCAAAUACAGCUCCAUGGCGAAGUUGGUGGGAGUGCCGUGCGCCGUUGCGGUGCUGAUGGUGCUGAACGGCGAGAUCAAGGACAAGGGCAUUCUUGCGCCAGUGACGCCCGAGCUGUCGGAGCCGAUUCGGAUUAAGCUGAAGGAGCAAUACGGCAUUGACCUCGUGGAGAAGUCGAUUUUCUAGGGGUGAUAUGGCGAGGUCUCCUGCUGGCAAGCGAGCAGACCGCUGAAGUAGAGCCCCGGGCUGGUAGGUCUAGACUAGAGUUUCAGCAGUCAGGGAGAAGCGCAAAAGAGGUCGCGGCCCUCAAGGCGAGAGCCCCCUCGCUUCGAGGGAUGCAAAUGGUUAGAGCAAGACGAGCAGAUAGCUUCUGGCCAAGCUCAUCAUUGCAAACCACCCGUCGUAUGAGGUUUGAGUGCAGCAGUAAAACGCGAAGGCACGUGAUUGGUCGAGCGGGCCGCACGCGCGUGAACACGGGGGUCGCGCGCUCCUUAUCGCCCCUCCUCACCCACGCGAGGU